CCGGCCUGGCUGCAGCGCUAGCCCAGCUAGCGCUUGUUUCCAUUUCGCAUAGAUUUUGGCCCAGUUUGGGGUGAAAUCUCGUACUGAGCAUUGUUGUUGAUUUGUCCUGACAUUACGAUAGUAGCAAGAGUCCAUCAAAGUGUAUGGACUCUUGAUAGUAGUUACGACUAAUUUCUUGGAGUGGAGAUCGCCAGAGCUAGAGACCAGUGCAGAAGAAAUUUCCACGCAUUUUGCGAGUAGAUGGAACAUCAGAAAUACUUCUCAUUCUUUUAUUGAGUGCCUCACACGUUCCCCACCUAAUUUAGUAAUUACCAAAUUAACUUCUCUGAUGGACGAAAGACCAGCAGAGGACAGCCAAGUGGCUGAAGGAGCUGUUCAAAACAUCGAGGAAGCCAUUCGAAUUGGCCGAACUGAUGUUGUUGUGCGUACAAUCGACAUUGCAAUCAGUCAUCUACAUGAUGGCCAGGCAGGUGUUGUGAAUCGCGUGCUGAAUCGGCAGCUAGCUGGUGGCAACACAUGCCUUCAUCUGGCUGUGCUGCAAGGCCACUCUGAUAUUGUACGUGCACUGCUGCGUGCCGGAGCUGAUCCAGCGCUUCGGAACACUUCCGGCAGAUCGGCAUAUGAGUUGGCGACGACUGAGCAGCUGCAGCGGCCAUUUGCUGCUCAUGCCAUGGAGGCUAUCGCUGUGGGAAAUAUGAGUGUUCUGGAGCAGAUUCUGUCGUCUGGCAUGUCAGUGAAUCACACCAGUAAAGAUGACCAGUUCAACACGCUGCUGCACUGGGCCUGUCGUUGCGGCACGUUGCCUGGUGUGAAGCUGCUGCUCUCACAAAAUGCCAAGCUAGACGUUCUCAAUGGUGACGGUUUCUCUCCGCUUCACGAGGCAGUUAAGCGCUGGGAUGUUGGCAUUGUGCAGUACCUUAUGGAAUGCGGUGCUGAUGCGGACACCCGUGUGGACUUCGGGCCGAAAGCGGGAUCAAGUGUACAAGACCUUGUCCCAGCACCUCAUUCCUGGUCUGAGCUUAACCUAAGCAAUGGCGGGUCACCAUCGGUCAUGACGUUAUUACCACCAUUAAUACCAGCUAAUGGUAGCAACACUGGCGGUGCUACUGACGCUGCUGCUGCUGGCACAGCUAUGAGUGGCAUUGAGGAGGUACCGUCAGCAUCUGCACCCGCUGCGUCCAUGUCCACUGUGCAGGAUGAAAUGGAAGGCCACCCGCUGCAGGUGCUGUGGCCGCCGCCGUCCAUUGUGCGCUGCGUCGACGGCCCCGGCUUCGAGUUUCGCCCUCGUUUCCCAGCUCUCUAUCACCUUAUGGACAGCACAGAACCGUUUUCGUCUGUUCUUGAAGUCUUCACGUACGCAUUACCUAUGUUUGAAGAAUCAUGCCGUGCCACUAAUCUAUCAGUCUUGCCAACAGAUGGAGGACUCCUUGACGGUGCCCUAAUUCUAGUUGUCAAUUCGGACUUCUUCUCAUCCUCUGAUAGCUACAAUCUGACCAUCUCACAAGAAAGAAUUAGACUGGAGGCCUCUGAUUUAGCCGGCCUCUGGUAUGGCAUUCAGACCCUGGCGCAGCUUCUCCGUGUUUACGUCAGUGAAGGCAAAAACACAAUUCCCCCGCUCUAUAUUCGAGAUUGGCCUGACCUGCUGUAUCGUGGAGUUAUGCUGGACUUGAUGCAAGGACGCCUGCCCACUCUGGAUACACUCAAGUCCAUCAUAGUGACAAUGUCAUCACUGAAACUCAACACGCUUCAGCUACGCAUGGGUGCAACGUCAUUUGCCUAUGUUGGAUUGGAGGGUGUGUGGACAGACGGAGAGUGCUAUACUGCCAGUCAAAUGCAGGAGCUGAGUACAUUUGCCCAGAAGCACUUUGUAUCGCUAGUACCGCAUCAAGACACCCUUGCGUUGGCGAAUGCUGUCAUUGGAAAAGCUCAACGCAGCGGAAGCCAAGAAUCGUUCGAUGACUAUAGAGACUUAGCGGGUGCUCUCGCUCAGUUGCAACAGCAGCUAUUUGCAUGCAUGCCGGGCAGCAAGUUUGCACACGUAGGUCUGGACCAACCACCAAACAACCUCUUUCCUUCUAGCCCUUCGCAAGGAGAGGAAGGUGACGCCUAUGAAGGUUUCCUUUGGACCAUGCACAAGACGUGUCGCUUGAACAGUCGUCACAUGCAAGUAUGGGGCAGUGAGCUUCAAAUCCGCUACUCUCUUCUCUCUCAGCUGCCACCGUCUGUUACGGUUAUGCAGCCGCUUGGACAGUUCACACAAGAGAAGAAUGCUCCGUUCUGUCGGAGGAUCGUGCAGUUUGGUUCAAAUUUAAUUGUCUGUCCCGACAGUUUGGCCAAAGAAAGCAUUGGCGGUCGUCCGCACACCAGCAUGGCGCAGCUGGUCGCCGUGGCCCAGUGCGCCACGCACUACAGGGCGACGGGCAUGAUGCUGACGGACUUUGCCGACUUUGGGCACGUGCAUCCGCUGGUGUCCAGCACCGUGCCGCUUGUAUCUACUGCUGGACUGGCGUGGAGAACGGGUACACCACUGGGGCAUUUGGAACAGCAGGUGCCCAACGUGAUCAAUCGCUUUGUGCUGAUGGACGAAGCCGAGGUGGCUGGCCAGCUGCUGCUAGACCUGCAGCUGGUUCACUCGGCGCUGCUCUGCCCGCACUCCAUCACCAGCCGGCCUUCGCCGCAGGUGCCUCGCUCGCAGGCGCUCUCCUCCUCGUCAGAUGCCAGCGGUGCAUCAUCGCUGGUGUCCGCCGUCGGGCUCGGCGCUGGCCAGCGCAAGCGCGGCUCGAGCGCGUCAACGCCAGUCGCAACAGCCGGCAGCAGCAACAGCAGCGUUGGUCAUAAUACCGUCGCAGCAAGGUCGUUCCUACACGACGACACCUGGUGGCAGCCUGCGCUGUUUUACAUGUCCUUGCGGCCGGACAAAUUCCUGCUGCCGCCGCUCUCUGCCGAACUGGUUCAGAGCGCGUUACGAGAGGUACGCCAUUGCCAGGCUGUGCUGGCUAACGUGAGAAUGUCCUGUGCACAGAGUACUGGCAUUAUGGCAGAGCUCUCCUUCAUCGUUGAGCUCUUCAUGUUUGUUUGCCGUGCAAGCAAACAGUUGGUGCUAAGCGGUAAGACCACUGGUAGCGCGGCAGAAGCACUGGCUAGCUUGAGCCCGACGGCCCGCACCGAUUUAGCCAAUAGAUUGAUUUCAGUUGGGCAGUUGUUCAGGGAGGCAUGGCUGUCUAGGAACAUGCACGGAUCCGUUGACAAAGCCUCUCUCUUCUUCCAGCGUACAUUGUCCAUUCUGCACAAUAAUCCCAGCUGAACAGCGCAACAAGGACCUAUGGGAGCUUGAUGAUUCCAACAGAUACCCGCUUGUGUUUCCUAAUGGUUACGCUGCCUUGGACUCCGCCCUGUCAGCUAGGAACUUGCCAUUGUGACACGAAGCGUUUCUUCGCCGGGUAUGUGCGCAUGCUAUGCUGAGUGCUUGUCGUAUGUGAAUGUUGAUAUUGAUAUACUUUGACCUCUAUUUGCAGAUUAUCGCGCUAUGCUGCCCUUUAUCUUUGGGCAUAUGUAGAUUAUGGCGGUAUGCUGCCCUUUAUCCCUUGGGCAUAUGCCCAGUGCAUGCAUGCUCUUUACUAAGUAGGCACUUCAAGCGGGGUUUUUUCAACACCAGAAAUACUCGUAUUUCUUUUUUACUUGUUUUUCAAAAAUGGAAAUAUACGCGUCGUACUGUUUGGGCAUGUUCUUUUUCAUAGGCUAGGAAAGCCUGCAUGUUACCGGAUCAUAAGGAUACUCAACUUGAUUUGUGAUGCUCUUCAUCUUCUUCCUUUUUCUUUGGCUUGUGCUUUCGUACCAUUCACUAUGCCCGUGGGUUUGCCGGACAACCUCUAUACCUGCUGCUGUUAGGUUUUAUAAUGAUCUGUUUAAGUGCGUGUCUCCCUGCUUUCCUCCCCCUUCCCCGAUUCAUGUACACGCUGUGUUCCGUCACGUCGCACCGUGCCCUAGUAGCUGUUUGCUUCCGACUUCCGUGUCAACCUGACUGAAAAGCGUGACAUAGUGAUGCCUGGUGUUGUCUUCAGUGCUCUAACAAUCGUAACGUUCCCUGGUUGCAUAGCCAGUACGUGUCAGUUUUUCCAGCACCCACUCCUUCUUCCUCUGGCUCUCAUUUGGCUGCAGGCGGACCGCGUUUUGGCUCGGGCUUCUCCAAUACCUCUUUUUUAGUAUUUCUACCUUUGCAUCCUACAUGUAGUUCUUGGCAACGUAUCGGAAAAUGUA